AUGAACAGAGGACUGUGGCUUAUUUUCUUUCUUAGCGCCUGUCUGUGCGAGACAUUCGACAUAAGAGGCGAGGACACCUUUACGCUCGGGCUGAUUCUGAGCGAAGGAAGGAAAACAAGCUUGGAAAUGAACUUGGCUGGCGAAGGUUCGGACAACACCACGCUGCACAUUAAGGACCCUUCAAGUGGGAUAAUUCGAACAUUCAAAAACGAGAAAAGCAUGACGAUAUCUUUUCUUCCAAAAACAGCAGGAGAGCACAAUAUUGUGCUCCUGAACCCAACUAAAAAAGACAUCAUGUUCACUGUUGUUCUUCCAGAGGCUGACGAAGGGCCGUUUGCGUCGCAGGUAGAGGCUAACUUGGGAAAGGACUUGGAAGAUGUUCUCAGAAGAAUCAUCAGUGCGCACAAGGCUCUGCUGAUCAGACAGACAGAGCACCUUGAAAAGGCAAAGAGCACCAAGAGCUGGAUUAAAAAGCUCACUUUAUUCGAGGUGUGUUUGUGUCUGUUGGCACUGUACUAUGUGCACACUGAAGCUGUCAAGACAUUCUACAGCACGAGAAAGAUGUAG